CGCGUAGGCCAAAAACUCCGCGGGCCCCAGGAAGCGGCCUGGAGGUGGCUGCGGACCUCCUCGGCCUGGCCUGCCCUUGCCCCGGCCGAGCUGCGGUGGCCCGCGGCCGGGCUUUUUGCGGCGGCAGAACCGUGAGGGGGCCGUGGCUCCCGCCCGCCCUCCAGGGGAGCGCCGCAAAAAGCGCGCACCGCCUUCCCCUCCGCCGGGCGGCGGCUUGGCCUCGCCGGCUUGCCGUAGCGGGGCUGGCGGGGGAGCCGCCGCUGCCAUCACCGCCGCUGUUGCCGCCGUUAACAGCCGUGCGGGGCUUCCGCGCUGCUGAGGCCGCCGCGAUGGCGCAGCAGGGGCCGAGCGUCACGCUGUCCCUCACGCUGCCUAUCACCUGCCACAUCUGCCUGGGGAAGGUCCGUCACCCGGUCAUCUGUGUCAACAACCAUGUCUUCUGUUCCAUUUGUAUUGAAGUAUGGCUAAAGAACAAUAAUCAGUGUCCAGCUUGCAGGAUUCCCAUCACGCCUGAAAAUCCUUGCAAGGAAAUUAUAGGAGGAACGAGUGAAAGUGAUCCUAUAUUUAGUCCAACCGUCAGAAAACACCUACGUAAAACAAGGCUUGAAUUGCUUCACAAAGAAUAUGAGGAUGAAAUCGAAUCCCUGCAAAAAGAAGUGGAAGAUUUGAGAGGUAAAAAUCUCAGUUUACAGACACAGCUGAAAUCUCUUCUGGAUCCUACGGCAUCAGCUUUGUCUUGCCAGAACGAGGAAACUACCCAGUCAGCAAAUGAAGCAAGUACCAGUGGCCCAGAAACCCCAGAGGAAUGGAGCAAAAAGCUGAAAGCUGCCAAUGAUAUGUAUGAAAAAGUGGUGGAUAGUGUGGAAAAGCUAAAGGAGGCAAAUAAGAAACUGAGCAUGGAAAACAGUAGCCUUUUAAGAGAGAAUUUGCGACUAAAAGCUGAAGUUGAUAGUAGAUCACCCCAAAAGUUUGGUAGGUUUACAGUAGCUGCGCUUCAGUCCAAAGUAGAACAAAGUGAACGUGAGAUGAACCGUCUAAAAAAGGCACUGGAAAGAAGCGAUAAAUACAUAGAAGAAAUGGAGUGUCAGCUUUUACAGCUGAAAAAUGCAGGCGAAGGAGCCCAGACGGUGAGUGCUGUUAGUGAGAGAGCACUUUCCGCAGAUGCUAAAGGAGCUGAGAGCAGUGAAGACACAACAUGUUUGAAAACCCAAACUGAGGAGAAAAAAGCUUUGACUACCGGUCAAAGUCCUGACAGUCUUGAACAGAUGACGAGCGGUGGAACUUGUUUAAGCUCUUCUCGUCAAGAUGGUUCAAAUGGCUCAAAUACCCAGUGUGCCCCAAAUAAAGAAUUAUUUCCAGGGUGUCAGGGGGUUCUCCUGGAUGAAAAUAGUACAAAUAUGGAUGCCUGCUUAGAAGAGCAGUGGAAUAAAAUUGAGGAAUGUACCCCAUAUAAGGAUGAAGAACUUUAUGAUCUUCCACCGCCAUGCACUCCUUUUCUGUCUCUCAGCCGCCUUCAGUUGAACACUCCCGAUGGAAAAGAAAAUGCAAGGAAAUCAUCAACAUUCCUGAGAAAACUGAAAUUUGAAGAGUUUUGUGACACUUCGGAUGAUUGCAGCAAAGAUUCUCCAGAGCACAGCACAAGCAGCUGUAAUAGCGAAAAGAAGCUAAACUGUUUCACCACAGGAAAAUCAGGGUUUUGGGGGACCUGCCCAACAAAUUUUGCUGAUAACUUAGAUUUUGAUGAAUCAGAGCAAAAUUCAGUCGCUGGUCAGUCAGAUGAGACAUCAGCAAAGUCCAGUGAUAAAACAAGUUCUUGCUUACCUAAAAGGUUACAUACUCUCUGCUCUUCCGAAAUGAAUCGCACAAGAACCUCCAGUGAGGCAUCUAUGGAUGCUGCCUACCUCGAUAAAAUUUCUGAGUUGGACUCAAUGAUGUCCGAAUCAGACAACAGCAAGAGUCCAUGCUAUAAUUUCAAGUCCUCCGAUCUUGAUAAUUCUUCAAAGUCAACAGAGUGCUCUAAGCUUCUGAAUGAAACUGAGAAGAAACUGGAAGAGAUGAAUGAGGAACAGAGUAUGAAGUGUCCAGAGACGAGCGAUCUAGCAGUUGAUAGAACUGGCUGGAAACCUGCUAUGUUUUCUAUCCUCUCCCCAUCUGAGGUAGAUAUGAAUGACCACUUUCCGCUGUUUACAAGCCAAAACGUAGUAGCUAGUGAUAUCAAACCUCCAAACUGUUUAUUUCAAAGAGACUUUUCCCAGAGUUCGCUAUUCAGUAACUCACAAAGGUUGUUUGAGGAACAAAAGUUUGGUUCCUGCUUUCUAAAGAUGUCGUCUGACCUGCACAAUCCGCUGAAUCCUCCUUGGGUGUCCUCCUUUAUAGCUGAAAGGAAAAAUAAAAAUGCCAGUCAGUCGACCAAGAGGAAAAUACAAAGCAGCCUUUCCAGUGCUAGUCCGUCAAAAACCACCAAAAACUGACUUUGCUUGGAAAUCGAACGUGACUCAAAGUCUUCAACCUGCAAAUGUUUAAUAUUUACAGGUGAACUUAAUUUUUAAUGACUUCCAUGCAAUCUGAUCCUGUCUUUUUCGACUAUGUGAAAACUGAACUUUCCCUUGUCCAUUACAAGCUCUUUCUUAGGGAAGAACCAUUCCAGAUUCUUUUCUUUGGCUGGGCACUUUGUUUACUUGGGGGUUUGGGGUUUUUGGGUGCUCUUUUAUGUUUUCAGGUUACAUGAUCUUCCAGUUGUGAACGCAGCUAACAGCUCCCUUGAACAGGACAGUUCUGUUUUAAGUGGUCUUGUCAAAUCAGUCAUUUAUGUAAGAAUUUGUUUUAAAGGUUACGUUUCCCAUUCCUAAAGAUUACAUUUUGCGCGUGUAAGGCAGCUACUGGCUAUAUAUCCUAUGGAUUCAUGAAACUGCUAUAAAACAAUGUCAGUUGCCAUAAAACUUGCCUCCCAGAGGAAAUGUUGCUGCUUGGACUGUUUCAUAGCACUGUACUGUACUGAAACUCUUGUUUUAAGUGGGUGUAAGGUAACAGCCUUUUUCUUUUCAGGGUUACAGCACUUCAGUUAGAAAACAUGUCUUCUUUAACACUGCAAACGUGGCUUGUAUUUUUCGAAGUUAAGCACAAUUUUUAAUUUAGUUCCUAAAAAGCAUUGCUAUACUGAAUGUGUUCAGUAUGCCUGUAUAGACCAUAAAAAUGGGUUUGUAUGCUAAUGAUUUGUUUACCUAAUGUGCACUGAACAUUUUACAUUAAUACUGUACCAUUUUACAUUAAUACUGCAUGCUUUUCUAUGUGAAUUGAAUAAAACAUGUUAUAAGCACUGUAA